UCCCGUCGUUUCAGCAAGCUAUCCUCACAACUUCAACUAUAUAAGCUCUAAAACGGGUGUGUAUCUUUUGUUCCCAGUAAGUCACUUACAAGAUGAAAGUCCCACUAAUAGAUUUCUUGAGAUUCUUAGUACUCAUUCUUUCUCUUAGUGGCCCUUUAGUUUCUGCAGAUGCAACGGCGAGGCAACACUUUAAUAGGUAUGAAACUGAUAACUACGGUUACACACCUCCUUCACCAAUUUAUGGUGCCCCACCCAGCUACCCAACACCACCAACACCAACUUACAGUCCUCCGAUAUAUCCACCACCAAUACAACAACCUCCGACACCAACUUAUGGUCCGCCUAUUAAACCACCACCGAUACAGAAGCCUCCAACACCAACUUACAGUCCGCCUGUUAACCCCCCACCGGUGCAAAUGCCUCCGACACCAACUUACAGCCCUCCGAUCAAGCCGCCACCGGUACACAAGCCACCGACACCAUCUUACAGUCCUCCAGUCAAACCACCACCGGUGCACAAGCCUCCAACACCAACUUAUAGUCCCCCUGUUAAACCUCCACCUGUGCAAAAGCCUCCAACACCAACUUACAGUCCACCUAUCAAACCACCACCAGUACAGAAGCCUCCAACACCAACCUACAGUCCCCCGAUAAAGCCACCACCGGUGCAUAAGCCUCCAACACCAAUUUAUAGUCCUCCUAUCAAGCCACCACCAAUUCAAAAGCCUCCCACUCCUAUCUAUAGUCCCCCUAUAAAGCCACCGCCAAUACAAAAGCCACCGACGCCAAUAUACAGCCCCCCAAUCAAGCCGCCACCGGUUCAAAAGCCUCCCACGCCAACAUAUAGUCCCCCUAUAAAGCCACCACCAGUACAUAAGCCUCCGACACCAACUUACAGCCCACCAGUCAAGCCACCACCAGUGCAAAAGCCUCCUACACCAACAUAUAGCCCACCUGUUAAACCACCACCAGUGCAGAAGCCCCCAACACCAACAUAUAGUCCACCAGUCAGGCCACCGCCAGUACAAAAACCUCCAACUUAUAGUCCACCUAUUAAACCACCACCUAUACAGAAGCCUCCAACACCAACCUACAGUCCCCCGAUAAAGCCACCGCCGGUGCAUAAGCCUCCAACACCAACCUACAGUCCCCCGAUAAAGCCACCGCCGGUGCAUAANAAACCUUACAGUCCUCCGAUAUAUCCACCACCAAUACAACAACCUCCGACACCAACUUAUAGUCCUCCUAUUAAACCACCACCGAUACAGAAGCCUCCAACACCAACUUACAGUCCACCUGUUAAACCCCCACCGGUGCAAAUGCCUCCGACACCAACUUACAGCCCCCCGGUCAAGCCGCCACCGGUACACAAGCCACCGACACCAUCUUACAGUCCUCCGGUCAAACCACCACCGGUGCACAAGCCUCCAACACCAACUUAUAGUCCCCCUGUUAAACCACCACCUGUGCAAAAGCCUCCAACACCAACUUACAGUCCACCUAUCAAACCACCACCAGUACAGAAGCCUCCAACACCAACCUACAGUCCUCCGAUAAAGCCACCGCCGGUGCAUAAGCCUCCAACACCAAUUUAUAGUCCUCCUAUCAAGCCACCACCAAUUCAAAAGCCUCCCACUCCUAUCUAUAGUCCCCCUAUAAAGCCACCGCCAAUACAAAAGCCACCGACGCCAAUAUACAGCCCCCCAAUCAAGCCGCCACCGGUUCAAAAGCCUCCCACGCCAACAUAUAGUCCCCCUAUAAAGCCACCACCAGUACAUAAGCCUCCGACACCAACUUACAGCCCACCAGUCAAACCACCUUCAGUGCAAAAGCCUCCAACACCAAUCUAUAGUCCCCCUAUAAUGCCACCACCGGUGCAUAAGCCUCCAACACCAACUUAUAGUCCUCCUAUCAAGCCACCACCAGUGCAUCAGCCUCCGACACCAACAUAUAGUCCUCCAGUAAAGCCACCACCAGUGCAGAAGCCUCCAACACCAACUUAUAGUCCCCCUGUCAAACCACCUCCAGUGCAAAAGCCUCCAACACCAAUCUAUAGUCCCCCUGUAAAACCACCACCAGUACAAGUGCCUCCAACCCCAACUUACAGCCCUCCUCUACAACCACCACCAGUACAAGUGCCUCCAACACCAACAUACAGCCCUCCGGUAAAACCACCACCAAUACAAUUGCCUCCAACACCUACUACUCCAUCGCCUCCACAAGGUGGAUACGGUACUCCGCCUCCAUAUGCAUAUGUAUUGCGUCCUAUAGAUGUAAGCAAUUAGAGAAACAAGUUACAAUUAUAGAUAUUUCCUAAAUUAUGGCCAAAAAGGCUUUCUAUCACAGAUGAUGUGUAAGUUAAAGCUACAUAUGGUACUGCAUAUUAUGUGGUAAAAAUAAAUAAAGUUUUAUA